AUGGCGACAGCGAAUCCAUUUGAUUUGUUGGGAGACGAUGAUACGGAGGACCCGUCGCAGCUUAUUCAAAAGAUCGAGCCGAAGAAAACCCUAGCUCCCUCGACGCCGCCCAAGCAUCAGCCGCAAACUAAGACGGCUGCUGCUGCGGGGAAUGCUAAGCUUCCUUCGAAGCCUCUUCCCCCGGCUCAGGCUGUCAGAGAGGAAAAAUCUGAAUCUGCACGAGGAGGCCGUGGUGGACGAGGAUAUGGGCGUGGUCGUGGCCGUGGGUACAAUAGAGACUCAACCAACAAUGGGAACACGUAUGGAAAUGUGGAAAUUUCUGGUGGUCAAGGGGCAUCUGGUGAGGCCGAUGCCCGGAAACCUUUUGAAAGGCGUGGUGGCUAUGGCGGAUCUCGUGGUCCUUAUGGUGGUGGUCGCCGAGGUGGUUUCAACAAUGGAGAAGUGGGGGAAGGUGAACAGGAAAGGCCACGUCGUGUUUUUGAUCGCCAUAGUGGCUCUGGGCACGGAAAUGAGAUGAAACGUGAAGGAUCUGGCCGAGGUAACUGGGGAGCUCAGACUGAUGAACUGGCUGAAGUUACUGACGAAGUCGUCAAUGAAGGUGAGAAAAAUCUGAAUGCUGAGAAGCCCUCAGGAGAGGAGGCUGCAGCAGAUGGAAACAAGGAAACAUCUGCGAUUGAAAUUGAAGAGAAGGAACCUGAGGAUAAGGAAAUGACUCUUGAAGAGUACGAGAAGGUUCUAGAGGAAAAAAGGAAGGCUUUUCAAGAUCUUAAAACGGAGCAGAGGAAAGUUGACGUGAAAGAGUUUGAAUCUAUGCAACAACUUGCAAACAAGAAAAACAGCGAUGAUAUAUUCAUCAAAUUGGGCUCUUUGAAGGAUAAGAAGAAAGAAUUGGCUGAGAAGGAAGAGAGAGCCAAAAAGUCUGUCAGCAUUAAUGAGUUCUUGAAGCCUCCCGAGGGUGAAAGGUACUACACUCCUGGUGGCCGCGGUCGUGGACGUGGACGUGGUUUUAGAGGAGGUUACAAUGGAGAUGGUGAGAUGAGCAAUGUGAAAGCACCUGCCAUUGAAGAUCCAGGGCAGUUCCCUACUUUGGGUGCAAAAUGA